AUGGACAUGCUGGCUGCGGCAGGGUUCAGGGCAAGGAAGGUACGAGAUCGUGCACGAGGGAAGAGCAAGCGUGAGGAUUUAGAGGUGGAGGAAGAGCAUAAUGUCAGCAGCAAGAAAUUGAUUCUUGGCAUCGACGUGCCAUGUUCCGUCGUCGAGUAUCACACAGAGGACAAGCUCCAUAGACCCCGAGUGUUUGGAAAGAACAAGAACGUUCGUCUGCCUGCUCUUCAGCUACGCCGUUCGAAUAUCCCAUUUGGCGGACUUGGGGUAUUUGCAAAGGAAAGGAUUGAGAAGGGAGCUUGGAUCACGGAGUAUGGAGGGGAAGUGAUCGGGCGGGAAAACCUUUGCAUAGACUCAAGGUUGAGGGGCAAAUGGAAUUUAGAUUACUAUGUUGGAAAUCAUAUGCUAGGAGGUUUUUUCAAUGAUGCAUAUGGAACACCAUUCUCAUUGAAUUCUACGUAUGUUGAGGUGGAGGGGAAAGUUGGAUUCCAACCACCGUAUGCGGGAGCCCCAUACAUAUCAAAGAGAAUCUUCCUUAGGGCAACGGCAGACAUCGAGGCGGGCGAAGAGCUGUUUGUGUCUUACGGACAGACGUAUCAUGUACUGCAUUUUAAUCCAACACACGAACAUUAA